AACUCACCUCUGGAGUAUAUGCAACAAGCCCUAAAGGACUUCCAUCAUCACAAGGAAGUCAUCAUCAAUUUGAGUAUCAGAGAUGAUCUUAAUAUUCCAAAAUUUCACUCAUCACAACACUAUCUGGAGAACAUCCAGAACUUUGGGACAACAGAUAACUACAACACUGAGAUGUUUGAAAGAUUUCACAUUGAUUUUUGCAAAGAGGGUUGGUAUGCAUCUAAUGGGAGAAAUGAGAAACCUCAGAUGAUUGCUUGGCUUACAAGAAGGGAGAAGGUUGCAUCUUUUCAAAGCUAUCUA